GCACAUAGUGUGAAAGCUGGCAGUCAUGGAGUCAGGAGCAUUCUUUCUGUUGAUGAUUUGCUGGUUUAUGAAUGUCGGCAAUCUACAUCCACUCUUCCGUCCCAGUAAUGGACUUCGUGAGUGUCGCAAAAUCUCAACUUUAACAGCACUGGAGGUGCUACCAGGUGGAGGCUGGGAUAACCUGCGUAACUUAGACAUGGGACGGGUGAUGAACCUGAGCUAUGCCCAGUGCCAGACCACAGAGGAUGGUGUUUAUCUAAUUCCAGAUGAAGUCUUUGUCAUUCCACAGAAAGUGAGUGGAAUAGAAACAAACUCUGAGAUCAUCACAUCAUGGCUGGAACAGAAAAGCUCCACUUCAAGCUCCAUUAACGCUGAUGCUUCCUUCUUUUCGAUGGUCAAUGCAAAAUUCUCUACAGAAAACCAACGUAUGAAAACCCACCAAGUGAAAGAUAAUUCUGUAACAGCACGAGUUCAAGUACGUAACCAUCUCUACACAGUAAAAGCGUUUCCUGAUUUCAUUUUGGACUCGCGCUUUGCUCGCCAGGCAGAGGAAAUCGCAGAUGCUAUUGAGAACAAUCAAACUCGUCAAGCAACUUAUCUGUCAGAGAAAAUCAUACUUGAUUAUGGUACUCAUGUCAUCACAAGUGUUGAUGCUGGUGCCACUUUGGUGCAGGAGGACUAUUUAAAAAUGUCUUUUGUCUCUAACAGUCACUCAGACAUGUCUUCUGUGUCUGCCUCAGCAGGUUUCAACUUUUUUGACAAAGUUAAAUUUGAUAUUGGUGCUAAAACAUCCAAAGUGACAUCUGAAACCAGCAGUUAUCAGGGUAACAUCACAUAUUCUAUAGUUCAGAGCCACGGAGGGGCUUUAUUCUACCCAGGCAUCACACUGCAGAAGUGGCAAGAGAGCACGCUUAAUAAUCUGGUUGCCAUUGACCGCUCUGGGCUGCCUCUAGACCAUUUUAUAAAUCCAUCAACAUUUCCAGACCUCCCAGUACCAACAGUUCAUAAAAUGGCUUUAUCAGUCCGUCAGGCAGCAGAGCGCUACUACAAGGUAAAUAUCAUUCCUGGGUGUGUAAAUCCGGAUUCCAAAAAUUUCAACUUUCAGGCAAAUGUGGAUGAUGCAUCCUGCGAGGGUCCGGUCACCAAUCUUAGCUUUGGUGGCAUUUACCAAAAAUGUGAUCCAUUAACAUCAGAUGGAAAUGCCAUGUGUGAUGAGCUAGCACAGCAAAAUCCAGCCACUGGGAAUUAUUCAUGCCGUCAUCCUUACUUUGCAACUCUGUUACGCUCUGAGACAGUAGAAAGAGGUUACAAUCAUUAUGAGUGCCAAAGUCACUGUCAUCGUUGUGGUUUCCUAUGGCUGUCUACUUGUUGUGACCAAACAUGUGGUGAUGUUUACCGUGUCCGUCGUGCAAAAAUUGACACUUUCUGGUGUUCCACAACUGAGAAAUCUCCUGAGUAUUCUGGAUAUCUUUUUGGAGGUUUAUUUGGAUCAUCUUUGCAAAACCCAUUGACCAAAUCGAAUGGCUGUCCUCCAAAUUUCUUUGCUCAACAUAUUUUGUCUAAUGGCAUGAUGGUUUGUCUGAGCAAUGAUUAUGAGACAGGAACAAGAUUCUCUGUGCCUUUUGGAGGUUUCUUUAGCUGCCAAUCUGGUAACCCGCUUGCAAAGGGUGAAUCUCGCUGUCCACCUCAGUUCAGCCAACAUCUUGCUGCCAUUAGUGAUGGCUGUCAGAUAUUGUACUGUGUCCAGUCAGGUGUGUUCACUAGUGGACAGUUAACACCUGUUCGCCUCCCACCAUUCACAAAACCACCAUUGGUCAGCAUGAUUGCGACAAACACUGUAGCUGUAAUGACUGAAGACGAUCGCUCAUGGGUGAGAGUUGGAGAAACUAAGAUGUGGCGUCUUGCAAAGCCUGGAGAGAUUAGGCAAAUGGCAUUAACGUUUGACAGAUCAUCUCCUCAGAUGUCCGGAGGAGAGAAGGCUGGUGUAACUGUUGGUGUAAUGGUUUUGAUUGCUCUUGUGGUGGCAGGAACUGUGUUGGUAGUGAAAAGAAGAAGGAGAUUUUCUGGCAUCAGGGUAAACAGGGGCUAUGAAGAGCUUCAGGGUGAGGGCCAAAGUGUUGUAGAGAUUCAGAAAGGACAGAACGAGAAUGCAAAUGAAAACCUUACUCAAACUCUGUUAGGAUAAUAUUCUCUUUACUGUUCAGGGAUUUACAGUUAAAAUGGAUUAUAACAGUACAAUGAAUAUGAUUAAUAGUAGUAGCAAUAAAAGUUACAAUAGUAGUGAACUUUUCCAGUAAAUAUUCUCUAAAGAAAACAAUCACAUUUGUUUUACAACAAUCAAAGCAUCUGAAGAAUUUUGUUGCAAUGAAAACAAAUAAGUUAUUUGCAAUGUAAGAAAUUGGGGGGGGGGGGGGGGUUUAGUGUUACUUAUGAGUGUUUUAUGUUAGAUAUCAUAGCAAAAUCUAGGUUGAGAUUGUCCAGUAUGCAUUGGUUUCUGUUGUUUAGUGUGAAUGAUUCAAGAAAGUGUUUAAUUUUUAUACAGAGAUUUUUUUGUCGAAAGCUGUAAACUCUGUGCCAUCUUUGACUAAUCUCUGAGGUCUCCAAACUUCUUGAACUUUGGUUCCAGGAAAAGCUAAACUUCUUUGCAUGUGUUCUUCGCACGUGCUCUCAUUUGAGCAUGCAAAAUUGCUUCAGUUACGGCAACGAAUAUGAGCAACAUAGGGUGUCAUCAUCCAGGGGUUGUUUUUAAAACAGAACUAAUUAUUAAAAACACAUAAUAAUCAGUUAAAUAUUUUAAAAUAUACUUGUACCUACCUAACUAGUCUUUUUAAAUGUAAGUUUCACAAUACUAACGAUACUAUUCCACUAUGCUAAAGAGGAAGUGAAAAUGUCUUUGCAUGUGCUUAAAUUUUCUCUCUCCCAAAUUCACAUAUGUAUGAUAGGAACAAAGUGAAAGGAACACAAAGUGUAUUGUGACUGUACCUUAAGCCCAGUCCAGGACAACAUUGAGAACAACUAUCUGAAAGAUGGUCUGCUUCUGCCUCUAUUUAAAAAUAAAUACGUAAAUAAAUGUAUUUUUUUUAAAUCACAGUUUUAACUUGAUCAUUAAAGCUGCACUACUUAAGAUUUUUUGCUAAAUAAUUAACAAAAAUCCUGCCAUUGACUUCCCAAUUUGCUACGGUUAACUUACUUUAUUUGGUCUGUCGGGUCAGAUUUGACACAAAAUUGCAGACAUGUCAUUCGUCCUUGUAAGUUUAUGUGAUGUUCUGGCGAAGUUGUUUUCUUGCUGUAAUGUUUGGAUAUGUUUUCUGGUAGGGUUGUUGAAGCUUAAUGUUGCCAUGCUUGAAUGAAUCGAUCAUUACUCAAGGAAUAUUGUGUUUAAUGAUUGCGCUGUGUUAGCCAAUGUUUUCUGGUCGAGUUGCUGUAAAAUGUUUACUAAUAUUCAGGACUUCUAAUUUUUUCCUACCCCAGUCACAAAAAUGGACAAGUUGUUUUCACUUUUCAUUGACCUAUUCGCAGAUAGUCUGUUUAAAAUCCAUUAUACAUAAGUACAAUGUGCUGCAAGGUAUUUGCCCAUAAAAUGCAUAUUCAUCUCAAGUUGUUUCUAAUUUGUUUCUAUUUUAUGUUUAUAGCAUUAUAAAAUAUAUAUAGUAAUAUAUUUAUAUUUUGUUUAGAUAGUAUGUCACUAUCACUUUAUUACAAUUUUACUGCCAAAGAA